GUCGUUUAUCUUUCAGAAAACAAAAUGGAUGCCUGCUUGAAUGUCGAGAAAGAACAAGACAAGGUUUUGAAGAAAUACAAGGGUCUGGCUGAACACACAGACGUUACUCUGGGAGACUUAUGCAACCACAUAUCGAAUCUACAAAAUGAAAUUGUGAACUCGAAUCAAGAGGAAUUAUCACCACUGCAAUGCCAGGUACUCGCUCAAUCCGCUAAAAAGGUUAAAGACACUGUUACAAGAUUAGCCACAGAACAUAAAGAACUACAUGGUGGUAUAUCAAAGAUAGGCAAAGCAAUCGAUAGGAAUUUUAUUGCUGAUAACACGGCAUGUAGUUAUAAUGGUGUAUUUGAUGGAGAGAAAGCUGUUCUACUGAAUGAAGUGAUAUGUGAGCAUCUGUUGCGGCAAGGAAGACUUGACAUUGCAGAAGCAUUAAUACAGGAAGCAAAUCUACACUUAGACAGCAAUAAAAAGGAGCCAUUCCAAGAAUUAAACAGAAUCCUUGAAGCUUGUCGAAGUGGAAACCUUGAUCCUGCACUUGACUGGGCAAAGGCACGACAUUCACAAUUGAAAGAAAGAGGGAGCUCUUUAGAGUUCAAACUACACAAGCUGAAAUUCCUUGAUUUAUUAAAGCAAGGACAGCAAGAGGAAGCACUGAARUAUGCUAAAAACUUUGCUGCAUUUGCAGCAGGCCAUUCUAAAGAUAUUCAGCAGCUCAUGGCUUGCCUACUCUACACCAAGAAAGGCCUGGAUAAUUCCCCAUACUCAUAUCUUCUUGACCCUGUUCAUUGGAUAGAUAUCUGUGAUCUUUUCGCUAGAGAUGCCUGUGCACUCCUUGGCUUAUCUCUUGAGAGUCCACUGCAAGUGUGUAUUACAGCAGGUUGUAUWGCGCUCCCUUCUUUGCUGCAGAUUAAACAAGUUAUUCAACAGAAGCAAGUGCCAGGUGUCUGGAGCUCAAAGGAUGAACUUCCAGUGGAAGUUGAUCUUGGACAUGAAUAUCGGUAUCACUCCAUAUUUGCUUGCCCUAUUCUAAGRCAACAGUGCUCAGAUACAAACCCACCCGUCCGCUUAAUGUGUGGUCAUGUGAUCUCACGAGAUGCUCUUUAUAAACUUACAAAUGGAAACAAGGUCAAAUGUCCCUACUGCCCCACUGAAAUGUCUCCCUGUGAAGCAAGAGAAAUACGAUUUUAUUGAACGUGUAUUGUAAAUAGUAGCCUCCUGCGCAGGCAACACUUCAUUUUUUGGGAUCCCUGUGAUAUCUUCUUUGCUGAACGGGGUCACUGUCCUCCUCGGUCAUAUUGAGUAAGACAGGAAGUCCAAGAGUGAGAAGAGCAGAAAAAAAUGGAGAUACCAGCGCAGAAGGCUAUGUAAAUAGUAUGUAAUUUAUUAGUGAUUGUCCCCAGUCCUAUGUAUCCCAGAGUGCUAAGAUUUAUGACAAUGAUACAAAAUACCAGAUUCCUUAGAUUAGAAACAUUACUAUGUAAAAAAAGGAAAUAUUUCACUCAAAAACCUGCAGUUGAUAUUGAAGACAUAUGAUUUGAUAUUUGAGUUUUGCUUUACAGGGGUGUGUGCAGGGGUUUUUGAACCACUCUUCUCUUGGAAGACUAAGUCUUUAAAAUAUGAAAUUUUACUCACCAAAUCAAUAGUGAAGCACAUUUGCAGACAGUCCAACAGUGUGUUUGGUGUAAAUCCAGAACGACACUCAUGCAAUUUUGUUGUCAGUUGUCUUCUUUAGAGUCUUGAAACCUGCAAAAAAUGCUGGAACUUCAAGCAUGAAAUCCCUGAAACUGCCCCUGCUUUACCUCGAGCUUUACCAUAAGCUGUGUCAUGUUAGUAAAUAAAAACUAAAUGAAGAAGUCUGCUGUUGUGUAACUGCAUUUUUUUCCAUCAAUGAAAGCCAAAGAAUGACUGACUAUACAUGUACAUAAAACGAAAGAAAACACAUGGGCAAUGCACUAUAUUCCAAAAGAAGGUUCCAAUAGCAGACUCUUCUUGUUGUAAAUAUCCAAAGUAAAUCUUGUAUAGUACAUUAAAAAAAAUUACAUUAAAUGAACAAGUUGCUUUUCUUGAA